AUGAUUACAACCCCGCCAAGACCCCCAAAACCCAAACCAGCAAAUCCGAUCCUGCACGCCGUGACAACCUGGUUCUCUGCCCUACCGCCAGAGUUGCUCGGUACCAUCCAUAAAUUUACGACGCUCCAAGAACUACUCGGUACCGCGCCGAAACGAUGGGUCACAUACCGACCCGUGAUCCUCCUUCCGUCCGGAACCUUCUCCGGCCCCUGGUCCUCCAUUUUCAACCUAUCGUUCCCCUCCUCUCACAGAGAUAACCUCUGUGCUGCAAUCGUCGCCUCCAUCUCCAAGAAAGAAGGGAAGGGCAGCUUGACCCAUCUCGCAAUCAACUCCGGGAUUCCCCUUCACAGACAUGAAGAUGAGGACGCCGAGAAUAUCCUCAGAACGCCAAGUGGCUUGGUGACGCUCUACGGAGAUUUCGGCCCGGCCUUGUCACCAGACCAAGUGCCUGGACUGCAAGACUUCAAGGAUGCCUUUUGGGUAUGCACGAAGCAGAAUGGCAUAUCCCAGACUUGGGCGCCCAGGUAUACGAUGUUUAGCCGGGGGAAUGUGAAGGAGAAGGCUAGACUGCUUGAUUUCCACUCCCCUUCUCAAGUGGAAGGCAGGAGGAGGAGCAGAGAGGUGUUGAAGGGAGAUGUGGCUGUGGAUUUGUAUGCUGGGAUUGGGUAUUUUGUGUUCAGUUAUGCGGCGUUGGGGAUGAGGGUUUACGGGUGGGAGAUUAAUGGGUGGAGUGUGGAGGGGUUGAGGAGGGGUGCGGGGUUGAAUGGGUGGGGUGUCAGAGCUGUUAAGGAGGACGAGGAGUGGGUUGUAAAUAAGGAAGAGGAUGAGAGGAUUGUGCUAUUCGAGGAGGAUAAUAGGAAGGCCGAAGAGCGGUUACAGAUUUUGAGUGAGAGGGAAAAGGAGAGGGUCAGGCAUGUGAACCUCGGCUUGCUUCCUACGAGUGAGGGAAGCUGGGACAUGGCAUUGCGGAUUCUGCAUUCGGAUGGAUGGCUACAUGUCCAUGAGAAUGUGGGCGUCAAUGAUGUGGAUUCUAGAAAGGUGGAAAUCGAAGGCAUGUUCAGAUCCUGGCUGAAAAAAGCAAAGGACGAGAGGGAAGUGAAGGUUGAACAUGUCGAAUUCGUCAAGACCUUUGCCCCUGGUGUGUGGCAUUGUGUCUUCGAUGUUUAUAUAUACUACAAAUAA